AUGAAGGGCCUCGCAUUCCGAAAGCUGUCGAGGACAUCGUCGCACCGCAACCACCUGCUCCGAAACCUCGUUUCGUCGCUCAUCCAGCAUGAACGCAUCUCGACAACAGUAGCCAAGGCCAAGGAGGCUGCGCGCGAGGCGGAGAAGAUCAUCACUCUUGGAAAGCGCGGCUCGGUUCAGGCCGGCUACGGCACGCGCGGCUACCUCUACUCGCAGCAGGAGACGCUGCCCAAGCUGCAGGAGCUUGCACAGCGCUAUGCCAACCGCCCCGGCGGCUACACACGCAUCCAUCUGCACGGCAACAGGAAGGGCGACCAUGCGCCACGUGCCAUCCUCGAGCUUGUCGACAACCCAUUUGACCUGCGCAUGCAGAUGACCGCACGCACCCUCGCCAAGGAGGUGUACGACCACAUCACCAAGCGCGGCGGCGGCGACAUCUUGACGGGCAGGCAGUUCGACCUCGCCACCAUCGAGCAGGACGAGCGCUUCAACCACUUCACCCGCAAAAACAUCACCAAGGUCGUCCAGUACGGCGGCAUGGAGGCGAGGGAAAAGCUCGUCACAAUGGCGCAGGAGCACCUCUUGAGGCUCAAGGCGACAGUUGCCGUCGAGGGACCCAGGCGCAUUGAUGAGGACAGGCUCAAGGUGCUCGGAGAGAACAAGUCGCGCGGAAGGCUGCUCACAAAGCCCAUGGCAGGCUCCAGGCCACUGGCGGGCCAGGUGGGCGAGGGUCAGCCAGCACCUCUGCCAGGCAAGCAGCGCAACUCGGUCAUCCGCAUCGGAAAGGGUGCUUUCGCAAAGCGCCUCAACUACCGCAAGCCCGUCAUCCCCACAUCGUCCUCCUCACGAUCUCGAAGCGCGCGCGCAUAA